AAGAGGAGACAAAAUUAUAUUAUUUUAUCAAAUAAAUAACAAAAAUAAGUAAAAAAAAAGUAAUUUAAUUUUGAUCGUAUCAAAAUAAUCUUGCAAGAAACACAUGCUCGGGCCUCGUAGGUACCGUUGCCAUCAUCAAUUUGUACGAAAUGUACAGUGUACGUGCAGUUGUGGGGAUGGCAAUGAACGGCCUUCUUGCAUCUUGAGUUGAGAGGGGAACUUCUCACUCUUCUUACCAUUGGAGAACCAGACUUGACCUUUUUGGAGCUGAGACAUGACGAUGUUGUUGGCAAAACAUCACCGGCACAUCCCAAACAACGUAAUCAUCCUUCUCCACCUGCUAUUCCAGUCCACGCAUUCCUCCCCGGCCGCCGCCGCCGCCGCCGGAGCACACCCAAAGCCCCCUCCACUCCCACUUCUACCCAUCCCGACAUCACGGCAGCUCUCAUGGCAGCAUUCCGAGAUGGCCAUGUUCUUCCACUUCGGGCCCAACACUUUCACCGAUUCGGAAUGGGGAACGGGUCGGGCGGACCCGUCGAUCUUCAACCCGACCAGUCUCAAUGCCACCCAGUGGGUCUCCGUCGCCAAGGAGAAUGGGUUCUCCAGAGUCGUCCUCACGGCCAAGCACCAUGAUGGGUUUUGCCUCUGGCCCUCUGAGUACACUGAUUACUCCGUCAAGUCUAGCCCUUGGAGGAACGGGUCGGGUGAUGUGGUGGCCGAGUUGGCUCAGGCUACAAGGGACUCUGGCCUCCAAUUGGGACUUUAUCUUUCCCCUUGGGACAGACAUGACCCUUCAUUUGGGAAGACUAUAGAGUACAAUGAAUACUAUUUGGGGCAGAUGACUGAAUUGCUUACUAGAUAUGGUGAGGUGAAAGAAGUUUUCUUGGACGGUGCAAAGGGAGAGGGGGAGAAGGAUAUGGAGUAUUACUUUGAUGAUUGGUUCGACCUGAUUCAUCAGCUCCAACCCGAGGCUGCAAUUUUCUCUGAAGCCGGCCCGGAUACCAGAUGGGUAGGCAACGAAGCCGGUUUUGGUGGCACCACUUCUUGGUCUCUCUUCAAUAGUAGUAAUGCCACUAUUGGUGGAACCGACACCGGGUACUUAGGACAAGGUGACCCUUUGGGCCGCGAUUGGGUCCCUCCCGAAUGCGACCUCUCAAUCAGACCCGGCUGGUUUUGGCACGCUUCUGAGGUACCCAAGACUGCAAUGGCUCUUCUUGACAUAUACUACAAGUCAGUUGGCAGGAACUGCCUCCUUUUGUUAAACGUGCCACCAAACACUUAUGGUCUGAUACCGGACGAAGACAUACGAGUCCUCAGAGAGUUCACCCAUAUCCGAGCAUCCAUAUUUUCCCACAACCUAGCCAAACAUGCUGUUCCUUCUGCCAGCAGUACAAGAGGGGGAAACGACUCCCAUUUCGCGCCGAAAAACGUUCUUCUAGAAGGAACACGUACUUAUUGGGCACCAGGAGGGGAUCGUUCCGAAUCCGUGCUGUACCUUUGUUUUCAAGAACCCCAGACAUUCAAUGUGAUGGAGAUCAAAGAGCCAAUCCAGAUGGGGCAGCGGGUCAUUGAGUUCCACAUCGAUGCGUUGAAUGAAAACAGGGAGUGGGAGGAGUUAGCAGAUGGAACUACGGUUGGGUACCGGCGGUUUCUGCUGUUUCCUAUAGUGAGAACGGAGGGAGUGAGGCUUGUGAUUGACAAGUGCAGGGGAGAACCUCUGAUCUCAUAUGUGGGAUUGUAUAUGGACUGGUUUUCCGUCCAGGAGGGUGAUAAUAAUAAUAAUAAGUCUGGGUUGCUUUGGUCUGAUAGCAAACGUUUGUUUACAGGAUUGCCCACGGCUUCUUCCAUCUAAGGAUUAGUUUCAACCCUUUGUCUGAUGCCAUAUUUGGUUUUGGCUUGUACUCAUUUGAGUGUGCAUGAAUGUAUUACGGAGUAUUAUUGUAACUAGACUAGAUGAAUGUCACCUGCAUUUUCAUGGUCUGUCUUUUUGCGAUGAUUGGAUGAUUUAGAAUGGGAAUAAAGUCUUUAAUGAAGG